UUUUAUGCUUUUUCCUCCGAGAUAACCAAAAAGUGCUGCCAUAUUUGGGCCGCUUCCUCCGCCGCCGACGCUCUCCUUGUCGCCGGCAGCUUCCAAUCUCUUCAUCCGAAGAACGAAGAGAUCAUGUCGGACGAGGAGCAUCACUUCGAAUCGAAGGCGGAUGCCGGCGCUUCGAAGACUUACCCUCAGCAGGCUGGAACGAUCCGAAAGAAUGGAUACAUCGUCAUCAAGGGCAGGCCCUGCAAGGUCGUUGAAGUUUCAACCUCCAAAACUGGGAAGCACGGUCAUGCGAAAUGCCACUUUGUUGCCAUUGAUAUCUUCAACCAGAAAAAGCUUGAGGAUAUCGUGCCGUCUUCUCACAACUGUGAUGUGCCCCAUGUUAACCGCACUGACUACCAGCUUAUUGAUAUAGCUGAGGAUGGAUUUUUGAGCCUUCUUACUGAGAACGGAAACACUAAGGAUGAUCUUAAGCUCCCAACUGAUGACAAUUUGCUUACUCAGAUCAAAGAUGGAUUUGCAGAGGGUAAAGAUCUUGUGGUAACUGUCAUGUCUGCUAUGGGGGAAGAACAAAUCUGUGCGCUGAAGGACAUUGGCCCCAAAUAAUUGCAUUUUUUUGCAUAUUUUGGCUGCAACA